AUAUUAAGUAUAUAUUGUGUUUAUUAUUGUAUAUUUUUUAGAUUUACUAUUAAUAACAUAUAAAUUAAUAUUAUAUUUUUUUUUGUUUCAUGAUCCCCUUGGUUACUACGAUUUGAUAUUAAAUAGCUUUGAUGAGUUUGGCUUUUGCUGGUUCCAUUGGUAUGACAUUAGUCAUAUUAGCAUGUGCGUUGCCAGAUUUAAAUUCUUGGUGGCCAUUCAUAGUUGUGGUAUUUUAUUUGCUGGCACCAUUACCAACUAUGUUGAUGAAACGCUUCAAUGAUUACUCAGGAUCUGGUAAUGCCAAUAUGGACUUAGCUGUAUUUAUUACAAUGGGUAUAGUAGUGUCUUCAUUUGCAUUACCUAUAAUAAUGGCCAGAGUUAAUGCUAUUGCAUGGACAGCCUGUAAUUUUACAUUGUGUGGGAACAUAGUUGUGUAUUUGACAUUUAUAGGAUUUUUCUUAACUUUAUAUCAAGAAGACACUGAUUAUAGUUUAUGGUAAUUUAUUAAAUAAUUUUUAUAUGUUCAUAUGCUUAUUCCUUAAUUUUAAUUAAUAUGUUAUAUUUAAUAAUAAAUAGUCAGUAUCCUGAAAACAGGUAUACCUUUUUAGUUUAUGUAUGAUUUUAUUUCUUUUUUUUACUCUCAUAAACAUAAUAAUAUUAUUUUAUGCCUAGAUAAAAUACACCUUACUAGAUGGAACAAAGGAUUUCUAAAUAACUAUAGUUUUUGUUAGAAACUGCUUUUAUUUUUAUUUUAAGCUAAAUUUACUUAAGGUUCAAACAAACAUAACUAUUAUACAUUAUGAUUAUUUAAAUUUAAAAUUGUAUUAAGAUAUAAGUAAUAUAUUUUUAACUAGAAUAUAAUAUAAUUAUAUUUGUUUUCAUGUUUAUCUGUUUAAAACUAAAAAUAAAUUAUGUUUUUUUUUUAUUAUACUCUGGUUUUUAAAUUGUAAAAUAUGAUAAAGGCAAUAGACAUCAUAAUUUUAUUAUAAGGUUGUCAGUAUUCAAUAAUGUAAUUAUUGAAUGUUUACAUAAUUACCACAAAUACUAUUACAUUUUACUUGGACCAUUGUUUUUAAGAGUUCACUAUUUAUAUCAUUAUUAUCAAUGAAUUUUGAAUUACAAAUUUGUGAACUAUGAACAUUGUAUAUAUUUUUAUUUAUAAGAUAUUAUUUUUAGUUUUAAAUAAUUCAUAUAAUUUAUUUUUACGAUUUUUUGUUAGUUUUCUUUAAUAUUAUAAUAUAAUAUUGUACAACAUUUUAAACGGUUGUUAUUAAUAUGAAAUAUUUAAGUUUUUUUUUUUUUUUAAUGGCUUUUAGUAUAAACAUAUUAAAGUGAUAUAAUGUUUUAAGUUUAAGUCUCUUGUGACUUGUGAUUUUCUGAGUUGGUGAUUUUCAACAAGACAGGGACCAUGUUGAAAGACAUUGAUAUAAUCUGAAAUUAAUUGAAUUUAGUUAGGUAUUGUGUUCAAACACUUCAAACUGUUUAUUUGUAAUUACUAUAACUAUUUAAAAAUAAAUCUAAAUUAAUACGUUAGCGAAUAA